AUGCCUGAAGCAAUAUUUGGAGGACGUUUUAUAGCAAUUAUUAUUACAAUCUUUGAUAUUUGUGCUGUCAAGAAUGGAAAUAUUGCGAUAGGUGCGAAAAAAAUAUGGACCGAACAAGAUGAAGCUCGAAGGAUCCAACAGAUAAUGGAAGCAGAAGAAAUGGAAUAUGAAAUGGAACAACGAUCUCAGUCUGCUAUUAAUGGUAUAAAUGAUGGUGACACAGUACGGGAAGAUUAUCAUAAUUAUCCAAUAAUUGAACCUUAUCAGUACAAAAAAGAAACUUUACCAACAGUUACAUUUUCCAGUGUGAUAACUACCACAUCAGAUAAUACCUAUUGGUGCUAUCAUUGUACGAGUCCAUUAAGCGUGAUGAGUGGAAAUAUGCAACGUGCGAUUGAAAAAUUUUUACGUAUACGUCGAACAGUUUAUCCAGUUCAAGUAAAAAACAUGCGAUGCUCAGAGCCACGUAAUUUGACGGAAUUAGCUGUGCAACACUGUCGACAUCCAUACUGUCAAACAUUAAUAUUGACAGAUCACGAAACGGGCAA